AUGGUGCCCUCUCGCGUUGUGCCAGUGGUGGUGGUAGCCUUGUGGUUGCAAGCUGUCGGGUGGGGGGAAGCGGCUGUCCCGCUCAACAUGGCCUUGCCGGGCUGCCCGAGCUCCUGCGGCGACAUGGCCGUCCCCUACCCGUUCGGCAUCGGCCCGGGCUGCUACCUCGACGGUUUCAACCUCACAUGCAACGACGACGGCUCCCACCGACCGCCGAAGCUGUUUCUGGGCGACGGCACCGUCGAGGUCCUCGAGAUAUCCCUCGAGAACACCACGGUGCGCGUCAGCAGCGUGGUCGACACGAACGGCACGGUCGUCCCUGGCGUCGGCACAGGGAACGGCACAUGGGGCAGCGGCCUCGCCGGCGCCGGCCCCUUCUAUCUCACGGGGCAACGCAACCAGCUCGUCGUCAGGGGCUGCAACAUGCAGGCCGUCCUCCUGGACGCGCGUAACAGCAGCUACGUCGUCGCCGCCUGCACGUCCAUCUGCGCCUACGUGAACAGCAACCCGGGGCUGCCGGCCUUGGCGUCCCAACCUAUGGACCACUGCUCCGGCGUUAGCUGCUGCCAGACGUCCAUCUACGUAGGCCUCACGUCCUACACUGUACAGCUGUCCCCCGUGGGCGACAUGAUGCCAUCCUUCUUCUUUCCGGCCAUGGGACUUGUGUUCAUAGCGGACGCGGAGUGGUUCGAUGGGAACGCCACCAACCUCGGGCCGCUGCCGAACGAGGAAAAACCAGUGGUUCCGGCGACUCUAGACUGGACCAUCGGUGAAUCGGACUGUACCGGCCGGGAUGGCGCGCCCGGCUCCGGCACUGCCUGCUCCAGCAGCAAUAGCCUCUGCCGCGACGCCACAGGCCUGUCUCGCAGCGGUCAUUCUUGUCACUGCUCGCCCGGCUACGAGGGAAACCCAUACAUCCCAGAUGGAUGCCAAGAUAUCGACGAAUGUGCGCGUCCGGAAGCAUAUUCCUGCUAUGGUGGAUGCAGAAAUAAACCAGGGUUAUUUUCGUGCUUUUGUCCUGAGGGGACGCAAGGUGAUCCCCGGAUCAGAAACGGGUGUAUUCAAAAACUCUCUAUAGGUUUAUUUGUGGGCCUAGCAGUUGGCGGUGGCAUAAGCCUUAUUUGUCUAGUGCCUGGUAUCAUAUAUUUCAUGCACAAGUUAAAGGCUCGACAGGCUAAGAGGCUCAGAGCAAAGUACUUCAAGCAAAACCGAGGUCUAUUGUUACAGCAAUUGGUGGACAAGGACAUUGCUGAAAGGAUGAUAUUUAGCUUAGAAGAACUUGAGAAGGCCACAAACAAGUUUGAUGAGGCCCGCAAACUUGGUGGUGGUGGCCAUGGUACUGUUUACAAAGGUAUACUAUCAAAUCAAGAUGUGGUUGCCAUCAAGAAAUCAAAAAUUACAAUCCAAAGAGAAAUUGAAGAUUUCAUAAACGAGGUUGCCAUCCUUUCACAAAUUAACCAUCGAAACGUUGUGAGGCUAUUUGGAUGCUGCCUGGAGACACAAGUCCCAUUGCUGGUUUAUGAAUUCAUCUCAAACGGAACUCUUUCUGAGUAUCUCCAUGUUGAAGAUGCCCUAUCCUUGUCUUGGCAGGAUCGAUUGAGGAUUGCUAUUGACACCGCAAGUGCUCUGGCCUAUUUGCACUCAUCUGCUUUGACAUCCAUAAUACACAGAGAUGUUAAAUCUGCCAACAUUCUACUUGACCAUCGUUUAAUUGCUAAAGUAUCAGAUUUUGGAGCCUCUCGAGGUAUCCCUAUCGAUCAAACAGGAGUGACAACUGCCAUCCAAGGUACAUUUGGGUACCUAGACCCCGAGUACUACCAAACAAGUAGGUUGACUGAUAAAAGUGAUGUUUACAGCUUCGGAGUCAUACUUGUGGAGUUGCUCACAAGAAAAAAACCAUCCGCUUUCAUGCACUCAGAAGGCACAAGCCUUAUUGCACAUUUCAACUUGGUAAUAAGCCAGGAUAAGUUAUGUGAGAUAUUAGAUCCUCAAAUGAUCUCGGAGUGUCUGGAGGGUGCAAAAGAGGUUGCAACACUCGCAUCAAGAUGCCUAAACUUGAAGGGUGAUGAGAGGCCAACCAUGAGACAAGUGGAGAUGGCACUGGAAAGAUUGUUAGUAGAAAAUAAAAAUACCGAAAAAGGGCGUUCUGCUGAGCUAAACUGCACACUAGCUCAAAUAAGCAACAACAAUGACGAAAAUAGUAGGCAGUAUAGCGCCGAGCAGUCACUCCUACUAUCAGCAAGCUUUCCACGUUGA